CGGCGGCCAUGUCGGGAGGCGGCCGUGCGCCGGCGGCGAAGCAUGUCGUCCAGUCAGUGCAGCGGCUCGUGCCGCUGCAGCCGGCGCGGAUGCGCUUCGCGCCCGGCGAUUACCACUGCUUCCCCCUUCCGCAGUCCCCCGCCGCCGAAGCGGCGGCGGCGGCAUCAUCGCGGGGCGGCGAUGGCGGCGGCGAGAUCGAGGAGGGGAUUGUCAUCAGAACAGCCCUGAAAAGAAAAACUCCAUGUGGAGAAAGUGAGGCUGCUGAGUCGAGCGAACAUACGAUGACUAGCCCUGGAUGUACUGAAGGAGUUGGAAGUCCACUUAUGACCCCAGUUCUUGGAAAAUCUGCUAGGACAUACAAAUCAAUGGCUAAAUUUAGCAAAGCUGGGUUUCAGGCACCUGUAUCGAAUGCUGGUUCACCCAAAAAUCCAUCUACUCCUGCCAGUUCUUCCCGCUAUGACAAUUCAUUAGGACUGUUGACCAAAAAAUUUAUUAAUUUGCUCAAGCAGGCUCAAGAUGGUAUUCUAGACUUGAAUGAUGCUGCAAAUAUAUUAGAUGUUCGAAAACGGCGCAUAUAUGACAUUACAAAUGUCCUUGAAGGAACAGGUUUGAUAGAAAAGAAGCUUAAGAAUAGAAUUCGUUGGAGGGGUUCGAGUGACUCAGGAAAUAACUUUGAUAGUGAUAUUUCAUGUCUCCAGACAGAAGUUGAAAACCUUUACAUCCAGGAGCAAGCUUUAGAUAGAAGUAUAAGUGAAAUACGGGAAAAGAUGGAGGAGUUAACUCAAGACAAAAACAACCAUAGCGUCAAAAGGUGGUGUUUUCUGCAACUGGUGCAACAUGAAAAUAUUGGCAAAACCCGGUGGUUAUUUGUUACGCAAGAUGACAUCAAGGGAUUACCCUGCUUUCAGAAUGAAGUAUUAAUCGCAAUAAAAGGACCUCGUGGUUCUACACUUGAAGUUCCAGAUCCUGAUGAGGCUGGUGAUUAUCUCCAACGGAGAUAUAGAAUAUUAUUAAGGAGUACGAUGGGUCCAAUAGAUCUUUACUUGGUUAGUCAAUAUAAGAAAAUGGAGGCGCUGGGUGAUACUGCAACACCUCCUAGGCAUGCAAGUGUUAUAGAGCCUCCCUCCAUAGCAACAGAAGCUGGACAAAGCGACACACAGGACAUGUUUCCGAAUGUCCAGCAGGAUAUCCAGAAAACUCUGGAGCUUAAUGCUUCAAAUGCUUUUGGAGGGAUAAAGAAGAUUACUCCUUCAGAUGUUGAUACUGAUGUUGAUUACUGGCUUCUCACGGAUGGUGAUAUUAGCAUUACUGAUAUGUGGACAACAGCAUCUGAAAUGAGGGAUCAGAUGGAUAUCAAUGAUUUCUUAGCUGAAGAAAUAAGAGACGCCCCAUGUGCACUCAACCAGACGCCUGCUGCAGCCAGUGAACCUACAGCCGUGGGUUUCAACCCGGAUGAACAGUAAGGUUAACUGCUAGAUCAGAGUCCAGAGGAUUCUGGCACUUUAUGUGGUAAUCUGCAUCUCUUCUCAGAGAAUAGGAAGUGCAGGCUAGCAGCGUGAAGAUGUACAUACUGAGAUAGUCA